AUGAGGAAGUUUACCUCUGGGUUGUGCCAUGCAUUGAUCUUGGAGAGCAAGGUUGCUUUUUUGAUAAAGGAUAUGAACAUCUCUACACUUGUGGUGUAUGCACAACAAAUGGAAGAGGAAAAAAAGAAGAAAGCAAAGAUAAGUGAAAGGAAGAAUAAAAAGUUUCGUUAUCCAAAUCAGGGUGGAGGUGAUCAUCAUUCUCAGUAUAAUAGUGGGUUUAGAGCACCAAGAGCCCAGCCUCAGGAUAGUAGAGCUCAGUCAGCUCCAUCAUAUCCUCCUUGUAGAUUAUGUGGUCAGGUGCACCAUGGUGUUUGUGAAGAAAGGAGGAAUACGUGUUUUAAAUGUGGGCAGAUUAGUCAUUUGCAGAGGAAUUAUCCUUUUAGGGUUUCUUCUAGGGCAAAUAAGAUUCAUGUUGCUAUCCCAUCAACUCCUGCACCAAAAGGUGCUGCUUCUGCUUCUGGCUCUGGCACUGGUCGGAACCAUCUGUAUGCUCUUGCCACCCACCAUGAUUCUGAAGCAUCCCCCAAUGUUGUUUUUGCGAUGAAAAAUUGA